GGUGCCAAAUGCCUGGGGAUAAGGCGGCCCUCCGUGCCCAGCGCCCUCCCCCUCCGGCGCUUUUAUGGGUGGCUUCUCGCCUUGGCCUUGGGAGCCGAGCACCCCUCCGAGGAGUUGUCACCACUCUUGACAAGCUCCUGCUCCUCCUCCUCCUCCCCCUGUGUCAGCAAAGCGUCCCGGCGCCUCCAGUUCGGGCUCCCUCACCCUGCCAGCUGUCACCUUAAAGGGAGGCAGGAGCGAAGAAGGAGGAGAAGAAAGCAAGAAGGAGGAGAAGAAGAAGAGGGCAAGUGGAGGGCAACUGACGGACGGACGGACGGGGAGGAGAGGACCAACGCCGCCGUGCUCUUCCUCUCCUUGCCUUCUUCUUUCCUUGGGGCAGAAGAAGCCCAAACCCAGCCAGGUCAGGAUGAGGUGCUUUGACCUGGCCUGGGCCGCGCUGCUGCUGGCCGUGGCCUGUGGCCCCGUUACCCGGGGCGAGGAGGGGCUGGAUUUCCCCGAAUAUGACGGGGUGGACCGGGUCGUCGACAUCAACGCCAAGAACUACAAGGCCAUCCUGAAGAAGUACGACAUCCUGGCCCUGCUCUACCACGAGCCGGUGGGGGACGACAAGGCCUCCCAGAAGCAGUUUGAGCUGGAGGAGCUGAUCCUGGAGUUAGCCGCCCAAGUCCUGGAAGAUAAAGGGAUCGGGUUUGGCCUGGUGGACUCGGAAAAGGAUGCUGCCGUGGCCAAGAAGCUAGGUCUGGGGGAGGAAGACAGCAUCUACGUCUUCAAGGAUGAUGAAAUCAUCGAGUAUGACGGGGAGUUUUCGGCUGACACCUUGGUGGAGUUUCUGCUGGAUGUUAUGGAGGAUCCCAUUGAGUUCAUUGAGGGUGAUCACGAACUCCAGGCCUUUGAGAACAUCGACGAGGAGCCCAAACUUAUUGGAUAUUUUAAGAGCGAGGACUCUGAACAUUUCAAGGCCUACAUAGAUGCCGCGGAGGAGUUCCACCCUUACAUCCCCUUCUUUGCCACGUUUGACAGCAAGGUUGCAAAGAAACUCUCCCUCAAGCUGAACGAGAUUGACUACUAUGAGCCAUUCAUGGAGGAGCCCAUCACCAUCCCAGACAAACCAAACAGCGAGGAAGAAAUCCUCCAAUUCAUGGAAGAACAUAAGAGGCCAACACUGAGAAAACUCCAGCCGGACAGCAUGUAUGAAACCUGGGAGGAUGACAUUGAUGGGAUUCACAUUGUUGCUUUUGCAGAGGAAGAUGACCCUGAUGGUUACGAGUUCCUGGAGAUCUUGAAGGACGUGGCCCAAGACAACACGGACAAUCCGGACCUCAGCAUCAUUUGGAUCGAUCCGGAGGAGUUCCCACUGCUGAUUCCCUACUGGGAGAAGACUUUUGACAUUGAUUUGUCAAGGCCUCAGAUUGGUAUUGUCAAUGUAACAGAUGCCGACAGCAUAUGGUUGGAGAUGGACGAUGAAGAUGACCUCCCCACUACAGAGGAGCUCGAAGACUGGAUUGAGGAUGUGCUGUCAGGAGAGAUCAAUACUGAAGACGACGAUGACGACGAUGAUGAUGACGAUGAUGAUGAUGACGACGACGACGACGACGACGACUAGAGUUUAGAUCCUCCCGUUCUUUGCGAAAGGCAGACCCUGCCUGGGGAGGCCCACCUACGUCACCUCUUUUUCCCAGUGGCCGCCACUGCAGUGCGUCUGGCCUUGCACCAACGUGGCAUGUGCCACCGUACCCUCACAAGAACGUAUUUUUAUAUUGAUCCUAUUGACGUCAACGGGUGUCCCCCCACCCUGUCCUGAGCAUCUCUCGGUGACCCCAUUCUCAGCCCCCAGAUCCUUCUGUUCUGGGAAGUCAAGUUUGGGCACCUUCCUCCUGCGUUCCCAUAUAUAUUUGGUGCUAUUUUUUUUCUGUCUGCAGAAGCCUUUUCUUUGUGACCCUUCAUCCCAUAGAUAGCUUACCCAGCUGUAGUCCACUUUGCCCAGAGCCACGUUGGCUUGGUGGAUUGCUCACCAUGAGCCAAGUCCUAAACCCUGUCCUCUAGGCAGACAAGAUUCCCAAGAUUUGGAAACUUGGCCAAUGCUCCCAGUGGAGGACAUGCCAAUAAUAGCGGCUGAGACAGAAGCUGGUCUCCAUGGGGAAAGGAGGGAAUCCAGACUCUCCUUGACCACUUGGAAGGUCAACUCAGUAGUCCUCCAUCUUCUGCCAUGUCCAUAGCUUCACCAUCCUCUUGCUCCAUCAUGUAGCUCCCUUUGCUCCCCAAUAAUGCCCAUCCUGCGAUGUUGGGAAGAGUUGGGAAGCUUGGAAGAGCCUGGGAAAGGAGGGAAUCCAGACUCUCCUUGACCACUUGGAAGGCUGACUCAGUAGACCUCCAUCUUCUGCCAUGUCCAUUUCUUCACCAUCCUCUUGCUCCAUCAUGUAGCUCCCCAAUAAUGCCCAUCCUGCGAUGUUGGGAAGAGUUGGGAAGCUUGGAAGAGCGCGGGAAAGGAGGGAAUCCAGACUCUCCUUGACCACUUGGAAGGUCGACUCAGUAGACCUCCAUCUUCUGCCAUGUCCAUAGCUUCACCAUCCUCUUGCUCCAUCAUGUAGCUCCCCAAUAAUGCCCAUCCUGUGAUGUUGGGAAGAGUUGGGAAGCUUGGAAGAGCGCGGGAAAGGAGGGAAUCCAGACUCUCCUUGACCACUUGGAAGGUCGACUCAGUAGUCCUCCAUCUUCUGCCAUGUCCAUAGCUUCACCAUCCCCUUUGCUCCCCAAUAAUGCCCAUCCUGUGAUGUUGGGAAGAGUUGGGAAGCUUGGAAGAGCGCGGGAAAGGAGGGAAUCCAGACUCUCCUUGACCACUUGGAAGGUCGACUCAGUAGACCUCCAUCUUCUGCCAUGUCCAUAGCUUCACCAUCCCCUUUGCUCCCCAAUAAUGCCCAUCCUGUGAUGUUGGGAAGAGUUGGGAAGCUCGGAAGAGCGCAGAAAAGGAGGGAAUCCAGACUCUCCUUGACUACUUGGGAGGUCGACUCAGUAGACCUCCAUCUUCUGCCAUGUCCAUAGCUUCACCAUCCCCUUGCUCCGUCAUGUAGCUCCCUUUGCUCCCCAAUAAUGCCCAUCCUGUGAUGUUGGGAAGAGUUGGGAAGCUUGGAAGAGCAAGCCAAUUCUCUGAAAUUAGGCAGAUGUUGGCCUACGUCCAGUUAGUCCCAACUCAAGCAGAACCGAUGUUGAACGGUGAGUCAACAUAUAAAUAAACCCAGUUCGUCCAGCAACUGGGUUCAAGCCAGUUGCUGGAUUCUGGGACCUACAGUCCUCCAAAAUAAUAUUUCCUAGUUCUGUGCUUUCCUGAAAUAAUGCCCACUCUCCUCAUCCCAAUUACUUCUGGGCAGCAGUGUAUUAUUUCUAAUACACAGAGAUGUGUAGUCAAGCUGUGUGGUUAUAUUCAGCACGGCUGUAAAAGAGCAAGAACAGCUGGAUGCUUCCUGUUCUGUAAAUUGUGCCCCAAAAACUGUUCCUCCUUCUGUGUCUAUGGCUCACAUCCUCUUUGGGCCUCAUGAUCAAAUGCUCUGUCCUUAAGAGUUUUUGGCUAAUUUGUUUUCAAAAUAAAGAUCUCUUCCCAGCAACAAGAUGCUGAAUUACUUGAAGAUACAUUUUUCCGCCCCGUAAUAUGAUGCUACUUUGUCUCUUAGGGGUAAAUAUUUGGUCUAAAACAAUCUUGUUAUGUUAGGGGAAAAGGGGAGAAUGGUUGGGAAAGGUUGGGGGGGAACCCACAUGGCACCCGAUGGGGGGACAAUGUACAAUUUGUAUAUUUUUCAACAACUUUGUACAGAUCAACCAAAACCAUUAAAAAAAUUAAACAACCAUAA